AUGUAUACACGGGUCAGCGGGCAUUGCGCCGCGACGUUGGGGGACUGUAGAAGGAGGGUUUGGGCCGCGCAGGUCGACCGACUUGAGGCUGGGUUCUGGACGGCACCGUCCGGAGUCUCGGGGCGCGGUCGCCUGAGGUCCAGGAGCGGAGGGCGGCGACGGAGUCAUUUAGAGUUGACUUUCUUUGGAGAGCUUGGUCCGAGCCUCCAAGCGGUGGGCCCGCUGCAGUGCUGGCGGCCGUGGAUUUCUAAAUUCGAUCUGCGAUUUCAUAGACUUGGCGAUGGAGACGGUGGACGCUACAGGCUAAGAUGGCGGGCUCGCCGCGACUUUGGUGGCCGUGGAUUACCGAAUCCGAUCUACAAUGGCGGCGGAGAUGUGAAGUGCACAAAAGUGAUACGUUUUGUGUAG